AUCAGUAAUGUUCAGAGGAUGGGGUGGUCUUCUUUCUCCGCUUCCUUUUUCUUUUUCUUUUUUUUUUUGAAACCCACCGCACUUUAUUAAUCAACUUGGGUUAAAGAAUUACAAAUGCCUUCUGGCGGUUCGGAUUCAGCCCACUUGUGCCAACCCAUUUUGUUCUCAUCAAGGGCUUGCGUGGGCCAAAUUCGUGCCCUUGCCAGAAAGGCCUCCGGCCUAGCCUACAGAACUCUGCCUUCGAGAUACGCCGCCCGAACUUCCCGUGGCGCCGCAGAGUCUCGCGAACGGCGCACCGCCGGCGGAUGGCCGAGCUCUCACCGCUCCCCGUUCAUCCGCCCUCGCCGCCUUGCUCUGCCGCCAAUCGCUUCACCUCCCCACACCCCAGUCCACCGCCGCCUACUCUUCCCGGACCUCUCCUAAAACCUUGCAAAGCUGCCGCGCCGGCCCGUCGGCCCGGCAACUGAACCCUCGCUUCGCCCGCGUUCCCCGCCUCCCCAUCUCGAAUCCGCGCACGAGCGCCCCCGACCGACCGGCGAGAAGAUGCCGCGGCUCACGCCGGCGGACGCGACUCUGAUCCUGGACCACGCCCUGGGCGACCCCUCGGUCCCCGCAGCCGCCGCCCACGCGCUCCUCGCCGCGCUCCCCUUCCCCUCCGACCCGACCCCGCGCCUCCGCCGCGCGGUGCUCCUGCGCCGCCUCGCUGCCGACCCGGUCUCCGCCUCCGCGCUCGACACCCUCCACCUCCUCGCCUCGCUCCCCGCCUCCCCCUCCCCGUCCCCGUCCCCCAUCGCCGCCGCCCACAUCGCCGUGGCGGGCUUCCUCGCGGCCUCCGCGCCGGACUUCGACGCCGCCGCGGCGGCGCUCUUCGCGCGCCCCGACGGCCGCGUGCGCCGCGCGGUCGACGAGGGAGGGUCCCGCGCGCUCGCUUCCGACGACGCCGUCGCCACGGUGGAGCAGUUCGAGGCCGCUGUUGGGAACUCGUUCUCGCAGGUCGUGCUCAGGGGCCUCUGGGGCGACCGAGACGCCGCGGAGGAGCGGGUCAGGGAGCUCCUCGCAGCAGAGUGGGCCGGCAUGGGGCCGUCGCUGCUGGAGGUGGCGGCCGAGCGGAUCGUUGGGGAUGUAGCCGUCGGGACCUGGCGUGACGCGGAUGAGGCCACACGCGCCAAGUUCCGUGUGUUAGCUGGGGAAGAAAAAACACGUGAGAUUCUGGUCAAACUUGAAGAAUCUACCUCUCGUGUAAAUCCAAUUUCGACGCCAGAAGUUUCCAAGGUGGUGGAUGCUUUAAAAACAAGCUGUGCUGAGCUUCAUAGUGUAGUGGAGGAUCCACUUCCAGCUGCAAAGGCAGCUGCAGAUAAGGUGUUGGCUACAAGGAUAAAUAGGACAGUGAAUUUAAAUGCUGAAGGUGGUCAACCAGCAGCUUGUGGCACUGCAGGCCCAAGUGUGCUUAAUGAAAGGAACAAUGGUCCGAAUAAAGGCGCACCUCCCAGCCUUAUGGAUUGGAACCCAACGGCACGGACUUUUCAGUGGGAGGAGUCGCCUGAUCCUGAGGGUUCAGAACCAGCAUUACGUAGGCCGCACUUGCCUAGCCCAAGGAGAAUACCAGUUUCUCCUUUGCCAGCGGCAGAAAACAAAAAUAAGCGUAGAAGGGCAAGGAAGUGGUGCUUGUUAGAAGAAGAAACACUAAGAAAGGGUGUUGAACUGUAUGGUAGCGGUAAUUGGAAGGAUAUUUUGAGUAACAAUCCCGAUGUUUUUAUCGGCAGAACACCAGUGGACUUGAAGGAUAAGUGGAGGAACAUGAUGAGGUAAUGGAGAAACCAGAUGGACAAGGUAAUGGAACCUGUGUCCAUUCCAGAUCCUCACGUUCUGGUGGUUUGCUGCUGUGUUGGAGUAGAAAGCCUCUAACCAUUGUAGUUGGGACGGCACUAAUGUAGCGCCAGUAGACUCCAUCAGAUUUUGCAGCUGUGCUGAUCUCCACCUAACCUGUAACAAAUGCUCACCGAACAGCUGCUUCACUACAAGGAAGGUUGCAUUGACCUCUC